UGCCACAGACGGACCCGGCUGCACUUUAUUCGCCUCGGAGCCGCUCCGCUCCGUCCCGUCCCGACAACUCGCCGCUUCGCCGUCAAUAUAUUUUUGUUUUCGUUAACACACGCACAAAGCUCGGUCGGCCUCAACCGAACUCCCUGCGGUAAUGGGGGACAAGAAGAGCCCGAACAGUUUUUCAAGGCCAAAGAGGCAAGCCAAGCCCGGCUCGGAGGACGGCUUCUGGGACUGUAGUGUCUGCACCUUCAGGAACAGUGCGGAAGCUUUCAAAUGCAGCAUUUGCGAUGUACGGAAAGGGACGUCCACUCGAAAGCCAAGAAUAAACUCACAGCUGGUUGCACAACAAGUAGCACAGCAGUAUGCAACGCCUCCACCUCCAAAGAAAGAGAAGAAGGAAAAGGUUGAAAAAGAUAAGCCUGACAAAGAAAAAGAAGUAAGCUCAAAUGCAAGCAAAAAGAACAGCAACAAAAAAAUAAAGCCGAAGAUGGAACUUGAAAAGGGACCCCCGAGUGAAAUCAACAGUAUACAAUCUGGGAAAGCCACAACAAAAUCUGACAGUUUACACACUUCAAGGCCCAAACUGAAAAAUGUAGACAGAAGUACUGCACAGCAGCUUGCAGUAACAGUGGGCAAUGUCACAGUAAUCAUAACAGACUUUAAAGAAAAAAUACGAUCCUCUUCCACGUCAUCGUCAACAGUCACAUCCAGCGCUGGCUCUGAGCAACAGAACCAAAGUAGUUCUGGAUCAGAGAGCACAGACAAGGGUUCAUCGCGUUCGUCUACGCCAAAAGGUGAAAUGUCAGCAGUAAACGAUGAAUCAUUCUGAGCUUUGCCAGGCUCCAGACCUGCACAUGCAAUGUGAAAAGUAUGAAUGAAUACUUUUGACAUUUUUUAUGUAUUCCCUUGGUUUUAUAUUUUCCUAACAAUCAUUUAUAAUGGAUGUGCUCCUGAAUCUACUUUUUUAUAAAUCUGCUGUGCACAAUUUCCAUGUACAUUAUGUAUUUUUGACUUUAUUUAUUACAUUUGCAAAUUCCACCCUUUUCAACAUAUCCUUUUGUAAGUUUUGUUGCCAGCAACUAUGCUGAUUAUUAGCAAUUUUAGAGAUGUUAAAUGUCUUUAACUGGUUUAAACAGAAUAAAUGGUUGUUAGAAACCAACAUAUAGAAACACUGGUGCUUAAUACACUGUGAAGUAAAUGCGGCAUUCAACAGAUAAGAUUUGGACAGUGCAUUCCAGCAGAGAUGAUCAAGUUUUACAAACUGUUGCAAUUAAACCUGCCUUGUCAUCAGUACAAUUGACUUUUCCAAAGCAGAAAUGGCCGAGGAUAAGUAUACUUGAGGCAAUUGAACAAUAGCUGGAUUAGUUCAGUGUUUAAGUUAUAGAUGUGGGUUCCUCCUUACACUUACCUGAAAGCUGCGUCAUUCUGUGCUGUAAAUGUAAUUACUCAAUGUACUUCCCAGCCGCCCAGCUAAUGUAAAGAAGCAGUGCCUCACAACUGGCAGCAUGAUUUUAACAUACUUCAUAUAGCCAUGUAUACUAAAGCAGAUUACCUGUGAGAAAAUAAUACUGAAUAGUCCAGGUUCAGAGGUUAUCAAAUGAAGAACCCCUGAGCAUCUGAAAAAUGUUACUGUUUGGUAAUUCAUUUUCACCAUUGAAGUGUUUAUCAGCAGUGUAGAAAUAGCAUUGAUAAUUACUGAAAAUGUACACUGUUUAUGGAGAUGGGGAUCAUCCUGAAAAUCAUACUUUCCAUCUUCAAAUAAACUGCUUUAGUUAAUACCUGUACGAGAGAGAUGUGAUUAGUCAUUGUACCUUCAAAAUUUGACAUGUUCAGUAUCCACCUUCGGUUUUUGCACUUGCCAGUAAUGUUUGUACCUUUCUUAACUCCUCUGAUCUCUGUACAGUUAAAGCCAAAUCAGUACUAAGUCAGAAAUAUGGAAGGAUAAAUAAGAACCUGAUUCAGGGACUUCUAUGCUGAAUCUCCUACCAUUCCAUAAACAAAUAAUGUGCUUUUGUUACAGAUGUAAAUAACAGGAAAUCUCUAACCAUGUACGUAAGCAAAAUUGUGACUUAGUAUUUUUCUUGAAUCAAGAUGUUUCAUGGCUGUGUUGGGUACAGAAGGUCACUAAAUAAUGGAGAAUUUAAUGGAAAAUAAUGCAGCCUUUUUGUUUUGUACACUCCCUCAUUGUCACUUUUUUUUAUGGCUUUGGUGCUUCACUUUUCAAGUCAGAUUUUUAAACUAUUGUAAUUGGGUUUGAAACUUCGUUUUGGUUCUCAGCUCUUUUCCCUGCUCCAAAUUAUAAAAGGCACAGACUUCUUGGUUAUCAAGCUGCCAGGUUUACUAAUGGAAGUAAUAUUUCCCCAAAGAUACAUUAUGCUAUGGCACUAGUUGGGAGAAACCAAAAGAAAACUAUUUGCCUGUAUGAUAGUACCAAGUGUGUAACAGAAUUAGAUAAGUACUCCAGAGAAUGUUUCUACAGACCCAAAUUGGCAGUUGUACCUGUUAAAUUAUACCUGACAAUCACCUGCCAUUGAUGCAUAAAAUUGGAGAGAUUACCUGCUAAAGAUUUCAGGAUAUUGCUUCCAUAUCAAUUUUAUGAACCCAAUGAGCAAAAUAAGUUGGCACUACCAAUGAAGUUUCAAAGAAGAAAAUUAUUCUAAAUUUCAAUUAACAAAUAUAAGCCACAUAUUUAUUACCAUGGUGGCAUUUGUUUUUUUGGACUUGGAAUAAAUUUAAAUGAUGUAAAGUACAUUACACGUAUUAAAUUUUAUCUUUAUGCUAUGUGUUUAAAAUUACAGUUAAUCAUCAAAUAUUCUUAUUUUUUUGUCUGACAUCAUAAUGGGAAGAAUUUCCCAAUGUUCUUAAUAUAUUAACUCCAAAAUGUUGGGUGGGGAGCAGGGGUGAUAUGUGUUUUACAGAAUGCAAGCCCCAUGUAACAAUUAGUUCACUGUUCCCUUGUAUUAAAACAUGUAAACGUUCAUAUUGUAAUUUAUCUUUGUAUAGAAUGAUGCACUUAGAUUUUGCAAUCUUUACUGAUAUUUUUCUUUCUUGUAAAUUGUAUCUCUGGAAUUUAAUACUUCUGUGCAGUGUUAACACUUGCUUGAAAUAAAAUUUAUUCAAACUGCAUUUAGAAUGUUUAAGAUGCUUCACUUAGUAUUUUGAUCUAAGAAGGUGAUAAACUUGAGGAUAAAUUUUAUUUAAAAUGUGAUGGCCUUCACGCAGGCAUAUGAACACUAGCUGUACAGAUAAUUUAACUGAUCAGAGUGGAAAGUAAAAAUUAAAUACCACUCUGCUGGGGCAGGCAUAAACUGAAUGCAAUUUUCACGUAAUGUAAUGAACCCUUACUCUAUCGGAAAAUUAUUUUCAUUUGAUUAGGUGCUGUUCUUUAGGGUAAUAGCCAGCUAUCUUUGUGCUGCUUGGCCUAGUUUGUUUUUUUUAAACUUAGGAUCUGAUUGCUUUUCUGCAGUGCCUCCUUAAUGGAAACUACACAGCCAAAUAGGCAUGUCGGUGAUGACUUGGAAACAGGUCACUAUUUUAAUGUUGUAUUCUGUAGACUGAAUUGGUGCACAAACUUUUUUUAAAGAACAGUCUUUAAAGCAACAGUAAUACUGCAAGCUGAAAUUGGUAAAGUGUUUAAACAUAAUGAGCCACUUUCAGAGUUAAUACAACUUGUAUAAAACAUUUCUAUUUCUAGAAACAUUAUUGGAAAGAGUGGCACUUCAUCUGCCUUACCAAAAAUAUUUCAGUCUACUUUUAUAAACUAUUGUAACUUAAGUUAUUGAAAAAUGUAUUGUUUGCUGAAAAUAUUAAAAGAAACGCUUGUAAGUAACUUGAAAUGGUUCAAGAUCCAACAUUUAGAGAAUGACAAGCUGAACAGUUUUUUAAUGCGCAAGCAGUUCUGUUCUUGUGUAUGACUUGUAACCUUUAUUUACUGUGUAAAGAUGGUUACAUUGUUAUUUCUUUAGCUUUGUUCAUUGGAGACUCUGAUAGAAUGCUUGUUUAAAGUGGCAUAACAUAAUCUUGUGAAUUUUGUUAUUGUAAUAUACAAGGUAUAUUUUCAUUUGCCCUGAAAGAUGUCCUGCAUAAUGCUUUGAAGUUUUUUGCCUUGUAAAUUCAUUAGGGCUGACAGCGUGCUGGAUUUGUUUUCUUUAAUCUUCAUGCUGGUGUAUUCAUGGUGGUUUUGUGAGUUGGUAAAAUUAUUUCCAGGUCUUAAAUGUUUUGGGAACUUUAUAACCUACACUGCUUUUGUCUAGCAAAUAAAAGAUGUUAAUAUAUUCCUGUUACUGGCAUGUGCACGAAUAUGUUAUUAGAAGCCACUUUAUUAUUUCUUCCUUAACUGCUUCAAAUAGAAAUGUCUAUUUAUGAAUUCUGCUUGUAGUUUUUCACAAAUAAAAUAGUUAA